AACGAGUUUACAGUAUCAACUCGCUACCCUUCACAGUAUUUCGUUUAAUUCAAGAACAAUCAACAUGGCAACAGCAGCAGUUCAAGUACCGGCGAUCGUCGUCGCACCGUCACCGAAAAAAAAGCCUGCAACAACCAAAUCAUCUUCCGCCAAAUCUGCUGCGCCGGCUCACCCGUCUACCGCAGUGAUGGUAGUCGCCGCUAUAACUGAGCUGAAGGAAAAGAAAGGUUCAUCGCUGUCGGCUAUCAAGAAGUAUAUAGCCAACAACUACAAGGUGGACUCCUCCAGACUAGCUCCAUUCAUUCGCAAGUUUUUAAAAACUGCCGUUGUCAAGGGAUCAUUGGUGCAAACCAACGGUAACGGAGCCAUGGGCCACUUCAAGCUUCCCGUUGAAGUGAAGAAAAAGCCCGUCGUUAAGAAACCAAGUGCUGCCGCAGCCGCCAAAAAGAAGGUUGUUAAAAAGCCAACCUCCGCCGCAGUAACGCCGAAGAAGAGGAAGCUAACCGCGAAAAAAGCUGCUACUUCAACUGAGCCUGCUGCCAAGAAACCAAAAAAGUCAUUGAUCAAAGCUAAAAAAAUAGCCGUGGUACCCAAACCACCAAAGGUCAAGAAGACUGCAGCUGUUAAGCAAACGAAAGCUCCUAAACAGUAACAUGGUAAUUAAUCGAUCCCCAGGAAAUAAUGUGUAAUGUAAGAAAUAAGAAUGUAAAAUAUUCUGCCUUUAAAAUGGUCCUUUUCAGGACCUCCAAA